GCGCAAGGCCUCGUUUAUCCCCCUCAACGCCCGCCCUCCCUAACAUCGACUACGGUCGUUCCCACACCUCCCGUCCACUGCUGCUGGCACACGCCAGCCUCGUCUACUCUUCGCGACCCGUGGGCCAAUUCUUCUCAGGCGAGCACCGCAUUGCUUGUCUGAGCGAGGUUGUGCUGCACACAGCUUCUCAUAGCUAGCCCCAGUCCUCCAGCUUGGUUCAACCCAGCCCCCCGGCAAACCAACUCAACUCGCCAACCACAUAACCCCCGGGCUGCUCCUCCCACCCAAACUGCAAAGAGAUGGUUGCUACCGAGAUUCCUCAGCACUACACUGCCUCGCCCUCGUCGCACAUUGGCACCCCCCAGUUGACAAUCAACAAGGAGGCCACCAUCGAUCUCGACUCGACAAACUCGUUCGAGGGCCCUGAGAAGCUCCUGGAAGUAUGGUUCAGCCCUUCUGCCACCGAAUUGCCUGGCCAGGCUGGCCCGCUUGGCCUGAAGAAGGUGUCGGCCGAUGUGUGGAAGGACAUGCUUGAUCUCGUCAAUUGCAAGGUUCUCUCGGUCAUUGAGUCGGAGCACGUCGAUGCCUAUCUCUUGUCCGAGUCGAGCAUGUUUGUCUUCCCCCACAAGGUCGUGCUCAAGACGUGCGGUACCACGACGCUUCUCUGGGGUCUCACGCGCAUGCUGGAAAUCGCUGCUGGAGCCGGUUUCCCCUUUGUCGCCCCAAAGGCGUCGGGCGUCGCCCCAGCCGCCACGCCCUACCGCGUCUUCUACAGCAGGAAGAAUUUCCUCUACCCCGACCAGCAGCGAGGCCCCCACCGCAGCUGGCGAGACGAAGUCCGCUAUCUGGACGACCGCUUCCGGGGCGGCAGCGCUUACAUGAUUGGCAAGAUGAAUGGCGAGCACUGGUACCUCUACAUUACCGGUCCAGACACCAGCCUUACGCCGCCUCCCAGCCCAGGCGAGGAGAGGCUGGAGCCUGACACCGAGACCAAGUUUGUGAGCCACCCUCAGCGCCUGCUGCGUGAACAGGCCACCGACGAGGAGGAAGACGAGACUCUGGAGGUACUGAUGACCGACCUCGACGAGAAGAACGCCCGUCAGUUCUAUCUCGAGGACGCAAGUGCGGUUGCGGAAGGUCGCUACAUCCAGAGGGCUCGUGAGGCUCGCAAAAACGCCAUCCAGUCUCUUGGCACCAUCUCGGAAGAGAAUGGCCACACGGAAAGUCUGGGUGGCUCUACCGUCCUCGACUCGACUGCCAACACGCACAAGUCGGACGACAGCUUCGACGUUUUUGAGCAGACAUCCUCUGACCAUUCUGGCUUCAACUCGGACGACGAACUCACCUUCCCUGAGGAGCUUACCACCGAAGGCCACACGCUCGGUACCGUCGUCUCUGAACACUGCGGUCUAGCCGACGUCUACCCCACGACCAAGUACCCCGAUGCCCGCAUCGAUGCCUAUCUCUUCACGCCCUGCGGCUUCUCGGCCAAUGGCGUCAUCCCUGCGCCUGGCGGUGCGCCCAACGGCUCCAAGAAGGGCUCAGACGCUACGCACUACUUCACCGUCCACGUCACUCCGGAGCCACAGUGCUCGUACGCCUCGUUUGAAACCAACGUCCCUGCCCGCCAGACAGGCCGCGAGACAGCAGACAUUGUCGAGCACGUCGUCGGCAUCUUCAAGCCCGGCAGGUUCAGCGUCACCCUCUUCGAGGCCAAACCCGCCGCCGGCGACGCCCCCUCCAAGUCCUCCGACAAGGCCAAGCGCAUGGAAGUCAUUCCCGGAUACCGCCGUGUCGAUCGCAUCGUGCACGACUUGGACGGCUACGAUCUCGUCUUUCGCUACUACGAACGCGACGACUGGAAGGGAGGUAAGCCUAGACUUGGUGAGGACUUUUAGCUCCGUCGCUACAAGGGUAGAAAUUGCUAUUGCGAAAAUUUUCCAUAUCCAUGUACGUGUCGACUUGGGCUGCGUUUGCCCUUUGUUCUGCGACUCGGUGUGGUUUUUUUCGACACAGUCACUACUAUUACUGUAUUUAUUCUACUUUAUUCUCUUUGCCAAGUACGAAUCCUCUGCCUUGAAUCCAAUUCCACUCUUUUAUUCUAUUUUUCUCUCUGCUGUUCAUUCUGUCUGCACUAAGUGAGUGAGUGAGUGAGUGAGUGUAUUGUUGUGCGUGCUGUUUCGAGAGAGUACUUGAUUCAUUGUGCGUGUGAACAUAUAAGAAGAAAAAUGUGGUUUUUACAUUCA